AGGAAGUUGAUCAAAUGUUUAAAACUGAAGAAAGUCAACCAGCGUGGCUUGUAAGUAUUACCGACUAUAUUAUUAUUAGAAUAAUGAUGAUUAGCAUAUUACUCGGGAGGUGGAUAGUAUUUUUCUCCCAUUUUGAUUGGUUGCUCUGCUCCGAAUAUCCUUGUACUAUUCACUUCCGGACAAAAACAAAAUGACUUCCCGUUUCGUUCUGGUUACAGACGAGCGAAUGUUUGUGCGAAACAAAGCUGCGGUUUCGCCAAACACGAAGAAAGGUCAAUGUUAAAAUUGCCGAAAUGGUGUAAAUACUGUUUUGUUUACAACCACUGCGGGAGCUGAAAUGAAAUGCAAGUUGUUUUAAAAAUAUUUUUGUUGGUUUUUUUUGUCAUUUUUGUUUUGUUGUGGUAUAUGCUAAAACAAUUAUUCACCUCGGUAUCGGUGAAUAAGUGCACGGUACUCAUCUCAACGCUUCGCAUUUCGGUGAAUACCCUUGCACUAUUCAUCGACACUGAGGCAUGAGGUGAAUAAUUGUUAAUUAUUUGUCAUCACUUGUUGGUCUGUUUUGUCUGUCACAAAUCUCUCGUUAUCAAACUGCAUGAAUGACGCAUCGUCUCGGAAAGUAUUUACUGUAUUUCAUGACAGCAGUUUAUUGUUUAAGGUAAACAAGAGGUAUAUAGCACCACUGUUGCUAGCUUAUGACGACCGCAUUAAAGAGAAGCAAGCAAUGUUACAGACGUACGAGGUAAAUAUUCAUCUAUACAUGAUAUAUACUCAUACCUUAACAUGGCAUAUACCCUAUGGUAUACAUGAACUUGUGGUUAGAGCUCAACAAAUGGACUACUCUCGAUAAUUCCAUCUACAAAUCCCAUCAACUGUGACAAUAACAACCAUGCAUGCACUGCAAUUGACAGGAAUUGUCUGGAAACACCAUGGAAAAUCUGCCGUCAUUAUUGACAUCCGCGUGAUAUGCAUGGCUAUAUAGUAAUAUGUGAAAACUAACCCUCCAGUGUAUAACUAACGCUCUGCCGAAAGUAUUGGGUUUUGUCAAACAGGAAAGUUAACAUGCAGCUAAACAACUUAGGAUUUCGUUUAAUUGUAGACUUGUUGUUGGGGGUUAAAAUAUGUCAUCGCCUUCCUGGGGCCGCGGUUGUUAAAAGGGGGGUUAGCGCUAACCCUGGGUUAAAAUUUAACCUGCUGUUUUAGUUUGUGUGUUUCUGCAUGCACGUCUGUUUAUUUCAAAACUUCAGAGAAGUAAACUCCUAUCGAUCCAGACAAGAUCUCUGUAGAAAUAUUUCCAAAUUUAUAGACAAGCUGUCAGGAAGUUUACUUUGAAUUUUAAGUUAACCUAGGGUUAAGCUAACCCAGCUCUGGACAACUGGCCCCAGGUUGAUGUUAUUCUGCUGUCGGCAUUGUUUUUUCCAUCUUUUUGUCUAAAAGCCGAUUUACACGGCAGCUCGGCACGCCUACUAACAAGCACCAGCCUCGUACCCAGGCGCAAAUAACGUACUAAAAAUAGCAACACUACAGUGGUUUUAUAUAGAUCAGUGGCUAAGAUGAGCGAGCGCGGGGGGUGCUUGGGGAGGACACGACUGGGUUCUGCUAUAUAAAAACACUGAAGUGUUGCUAUUUUUAGUACGUUAUUUGCGCCUGGGUACGAGGCUGAACAAGCACCAGUACUCAGACGUUCACUUCACCACGUACCCAUUUACACGACAAUUUUGACAAGCUAUAUUUUUAUGAUUGGCACCCCCACACUUCAAAUCUUUAUGCAAGAGUAUUUGCACAGUUCUAAUACGACUGAAGAAACGAACCGAGUUAACAGAAUUAUGUUGCAUUAAAUGAACGAAGCUAAGGAGAAAAAAUCAUCGCGGACAGAAGACAAAAAAUAUAUCAGUUGUACAUAAAUAUGUUCAAAGUGAUUAUUUAGUGUUCAAAGUGAUAAAUUGUGGAUAAAUCUUUUGUUUAAUGUGACUAGACAGGCAAUUUACUGGCCUUUAGUAGAUAGCUGGCUAUCUGCAUGUGAAAAUGAACGAAUAGACUUUUUUUAAAAGUCUGCCUUUUGACGUAGUUUGCGGAUAAAGGAAAACCCCUCUCAGCCAUUUGGCUUGCCUGAUUGGCCAAAUGAUCGUAUUUAUCCGAUCGAUUGCUUACCAUGCAGCCAACUUACCAUGCAAAUAUAUUGUCUUGAUUUUCAGGAGCAAUUACAAACUUUUAAGAACAGUCUUCAUAAAAUAAUGGAGGAAAAUGUCCAACUUCAAGAGGUAAAUUACGAAUAAUGUACAGUGAAUUAGAAUAACACGCACAGAGGCGUAGUCAAUCCCAAAUUGUUGAGGUGUCUAAUCGGCCGGCCUGGAGAUCAUGCAUGAACCGGGAAAUUUUUCUGCGACACGCUAUUUCGUGCAUUUUAGACAGGUUUUAUCUAAAAGCCACAGAUUUUGUAUAUUUUAUGUCAUAGAUGAAAACAUUAAGUGGCUAAACCCCCAGUCUCUCCUCAGUUUUGAAAGAAUUACAAAAUUGGCCCUGAGGAAAAGUGUGUGUGAGUGGGGGUCUGCACACCGUACCCGCGAUAAUCUUUGAGCAUGUUUCUUACUCGAGCAUGUUUCUUUUCUAAAUUGCACUCAGGAAAAUACCGUCCAAUAUGGAUUUCGAAAAUGUACGUCAAACGAACUAACUAUAGUGCUUUUGACCUCACGAAUAAAAUUACAAGGCCAUUGACCAAGAGCAAUACAAAAUAUAGAUCUUUCGUCUCUUUUUUGACUAUUUGAUUAAGAAAUUAGAAUACUUGUAUUUUGGUAGCAGGUUUGAGAACUACAGUAUCAACCGAAAUGAAUAACUCAUGGUGUUCUUCAUGGGUCAAGAUAGGGACGUCUCCUCUUUAUUGUACACAAUCAAGAUGUCAUUAUCACCAUUUUCUGUAUCUUUCCUGGUUAACCGGUUAAACAUUUAACAGUGGCCUAGGGGGGGGGGGGAGAACUGCUUAUCAGAAAGUUCCUAUAGCUACCCUUCUUCCUUACGAAAUCAAACACCAAAAUGGCAUGUCUAUUUUCUCCCAUACGAUCACAUGAUGGGUUCUAAUAUCCCAUCAAAGAAUGCCACCUUCGACAGCCUCAGGCGAGGGCUGAGAGAGUGAACAUGUUUUAGGCCCUUUGACAACAUACGCACGUCAGUGACUUCCUGGUUGAUUUUAGAUCAAUAUUACAAUACAGUUCAGAAAUGUACUUGCAAAACUUAAUUUGGCGAAAUCAUAAACUGUUAACGGAACUAAUACUUUCUAAAGCUCUAAAUGUUGAAUGGUAACCUACUUUAAUUUUCAGAAACUUGGCAAUUCAGAAGCAAUAAUGCAUGAUGAGGACGAAUGGUGAGUACAGUAUAUUUUUUCCAGAUUGAUCUUGCCUAAAGUUCGAAGAUUGAUUUAGUGAUAUAGUAAUCUAUUCUCUACCGAUAUUAAAAAUACCUGAUAUUCAACGGUAGAAUAUUUAUCAUUUAUAGACCCGGAGCGAGGGGGAUUUGGCCGAGUAUUAUCCGAAGCGAUGAUAUUGUCCGAGGGACUUUGCCCCGAGGGAAAUAUCAUCACUGAGUGUAAUAUUUCGUCGAAUACCCCGAAACUUUAAAACUUGAAGCGAAUACAAUUUUUAAUUUCUUAUGCAUACCUGAUGAUGAUCAUUAUGUAUACCUGAUCAUUGAAGGUAACAUAUAUACGUCUUGAAAAUCUUUGGUUAACUUAAAUAAAUAUUAAAAUCCUCUGUACGAAAUUACAAACAACAGCUCGCGAUCGCCAUAUUGUUUCAGAGCGUGGUGUCCACGCGUCACGCAUGAGAUACUAUAAUAUCUCACGGUGGAUCUACCGUGAGAUAUUAUAGUAUCUCACGCUGCAUUGCGAAAUCAUGAAUUUGAGUGAAAUACCGCAAAAAAUCACAUUGUCACGUGGUACAAAUCAUGUUUUUUCAUUGGACAAUUUGAAUUUGAAGUAUAAGAUAUAGUGAAAUCUUCUUCCUUCAGGCGACAAUUGGAAAAACAGGCUAAGCUGGUAUUGAGUGAAAAUGAAGUAUUAAUGGAAAGGCAAGAGUUGCAAAACAAAAAGUUAGAAGAAGUCACUGCAUUUUACAAAGGAGAAGGUAUUUGAAACAUGCGUGUGGUUGGAGUGGCUUUAAAAUUUAUUUCACAGCUUCGUACACAGAUGCAAUCCCUUAGGAGAUUUAGCACAACGACCGCCUUCGCCACGCCUAUGUGGCUUUCUUACAUAUAUGGGUUUACAAAGUUUGUGUCAGCAAAGUGCUCUUGUUAUAAAGUUUGAUCACGCAACAUCAUGCCAUUGUGACUACAGAAUAAUUGCAAAAUGGUUAAAACCAGCCUUACAAAGGCGGGUAUACCACCAUUACUUCAUCCAUGUCUUUUGGAUUGCCUGUGCUUCAUCAGAAUGCUUGCAGUGUGAUAAAACUGAUAAUGUGAAACAUGAAGAAGUACUAUUCCCACCUGUAUUGUAUAUGGCAAAAAAACACGUUCACAGAGGCGAAAGAUCAGUUUAGAUAAGAGCUUUUCGUCAUCAUAUUGAUACCUGAGGACUUAAGACAUACAUGAGGCUGUUCGUACGUUCUCGUCCUUAAAUACAGGUACUAAUAUAACAUGUAUAUAUCUGAUUUUCGAUCCUUUUAAUAACUAAAAAAUAAUCCAUAGAACUGACCAUGCUUUGGUCAUUUUACCGUUGAAAGUUUCGCUUGUGAUGCGCAGACUGAAACCUAAUCUUAAUCACGGAACUAAAGCUUCAAAAGAACAAAUGAUUAUAUUAUUGUAUUAUAUUAUUGUAUUUCUCAUAUUUCUUCACUUGUACGUAUAUUUGAUGAUGACUAAAAUCUAGUCGAACGUCGAAUAAACACUUGGUGUUUCCACAAACAAAAAGUGUUAUAUAAUUACAAAUGUGUUGUUAUUUCUCAGUCGGCCUUUCGUGUUUAGUUUCCAGACUAUCUCAACAAUAUGAAAAGGUCAAAGCAGAGAAAGGUGGCCAUGAGUCGAAGAUAGAAGUUCUAAAUACGACAAUAAAUGGGUAUAAACAAGAGUUAGAAACAUCUUCAGCACAGUGGAAGAAGCAUGUCUCUGUUGAAGAACAUCUAGAUACUGUUAAUGAAUGCCGAAGGUAAAAUUUGCCUUUUUUCAUUUUCUUUUAUUCAAUUGAUAUUUUUAGUUUAGACCACAGGAAAGUAUAGGAGUAUACGCUCCUUAAAAAAUCUAAUAUGCAUCGUUUUCUAUUUUGGGAUAUGUGGGGUCCUUCCUUAGGCCAAGACAAUAUAUGCGACCUUGUCGAAGAUCCUACCACCCUGACCACCAGCUAGACCUGAACAGAUGGUAUUCCCGCAUAACCUCGCCGCCCGAAUGAUUAUAUACAAUGCCUUGAUCCCCUGUCCCAGCCCUUCCCAAUUCCUGUACCAGAUCAGGCUGAAUACAAACACAAAAAUUUCUCAAUUCUGAUUGUUUGAAAGCAGUGCAUUUUUAUACAAAUAACUCUACUCAGUAACUAUACAGCCAUAAAACCGUAUAAAACUACACGGCCAUACAACCAUAACUAUAGAAGCGUAUUUACCAAAAUAUAUAAUUCAGUGCGAUGUUCUGUUGUUUAAGUUGUAGCUAAAUGGUUGCUUCAUUGGUUAUCUGGUUUGUUUGUGUCCUUGUUACUUCUACAGGUACCUAUAGCUUAUAUUUUUUACGAAUAGAAAAUUAGACGAAUUACGAAAAAAGACCCAAGAAGAAAUAGAUUCUCUUACUUUUCAACUGGAGGUUAGCUAACAUCCAUUGAUUCUCGACUUAUAUAUUCUGCUUCGUUUUUUAACAACUAACUUUGUCUGUGCCAUCAUUUGUUUCUUUUUAGAGUGCCCGUAACGAAAACAAUAGCUUAACUCUGCAGUUAUCAG